AUGGAGUCCAAGUUCCUCAUACCAAUAUACCCCUUAACAGAUACCGUUGCAAUUCUGUCCCUGUUGACGGUGUUGCCGCACUGUAUCAGCGUGGGCAUCCUGGCGUUGUACGCGACGCUCAACUCGUCCGGGUUCGUGAGAUCGACUCUUUCUCUGGUUUACAAGCACAAACUCGACGGACUCGAGCCAAACCUAAACAAGACAGAGUCUUCUUCCUCUUCCCGAGGGACGUUUGGGUUCGGGUUUCUUGCCCUGGACCUGGUGCUCACAUUCUUACUGCUCUUUCUAGCCCCAGGAGCCCUCGACUACAUCCAUCUGUUGGCCAAGGCGUUCGUGGCCUCCAACCUAGCCUCAACAAGACAGAAAUACAUCCUCAACGCCAUCCUGUCCAUGAUUGUCAUCCUCGCCGUCGAAACUCUCAUAGACUUCCUCAUCAAGAAUUUCUAUCUGGUUUACUUCGACGGGUCCGUCGUAACAGACGUGUUUCUCUACUCGGCCUACAUUCGAUAUCCCAAAAAACCUCUCAAACAUCUGCUCUACCAUCUGUCGCCGUUCAAGACUCGCGCCCGACAAAAGCUCAUUUUGAGAGUCGACCACUUCAUCGACUUCCUCUACUCGUGUCUGUGCGUCUACACCAUCCUGUGCAACGUCAGUCCGUUAAUAAGAGUCCUGCUACACCCAAAACAGCCAGACCAGCCGUCUGUGCCCAGCAAAUUACCUUCCAAGCCAAUCCCACCACCCUCGGCGGCCACUACACAUAAAUCCUCGGAAACAAAGACCAUCAGCGUAUCUCCACACAUCGCUGGAAGCACCAUCCCCGGCUUGUUUCGUCCGUCGUUCAUCUCUGCCGAAGAGCCAGCAGGCCAGGAAUCCGAGGAUUCCACGCCGGCUUCGUUCCCACAGGACCGCCAGAUCCUCAACAUGAACGACGUCUCCUCGGCCAGUUUGGUUGUGGCCCAAAAUUUCGAAAACUACUGCCGUUUGUUCCUGUUCCCGUCCUUCAACUUUAGCACGGCCUCUCAGCCAACGAUUUCUGUCGCGACUCCCAAUGGCGACAUCCCCAAGUCCAAAAUCAACCCUUUUGUGGAGCGAAAGAUGAAGAACAUGACCAGCCGCAUCCAGCAGCCGAUUUGGUCGUUUGUUUCGGCCGCAAAAACCAUGUUUGGCCGUCCAGACCUCUACUCGGGAGAGUACUACCAACACAACGCAUUGGUCAUGACCAGCAGGUCUCCUGACGGCUGGAAACGCUCGCUGGUGGAUACCACGCAGUGCUUCAUCUGGUACACUGGCGAAACAGCGGUUGCUUUUGAGCUGCGAAACGUCUACAUCGACCAGCUUCUGGUGGUUGUGAACGGCGUGGUUUGGGAACAGUCGGUGCUGAUCGGCCUGGAAGAACGUGAACUUGUGAUUGUGAGCGGACUGAGUCCCUUGUCGCAAUACGAUGUCGAUUUCAUCAACGUUGAUAGCAAACAGGAAAGAGAGCUGCUUGCCAAUGCUACCGUGAGUACCAUACAUAAAAACCGCACCUUGACAGAGUCCAAGCAUUCCACUCCGCUGGCUACUCUUCAGGAGUCGGUGGUGACCACCCAGGCAGCCAUUGAGCAGGAAAAGCUCAAGCUCAAGAAGCUCAAGACGUUCUGGAGAAAACGCUCCUCAGCACUGAAAGCAGAGAUCGAGGCACUCAACAGCCGGUCCAACUUUUCAGACGAGAUGCGAAACUACAAGAAAGUGGAGUCUUUGCGACAGGCAGUGACCAAAAGCGAGGGCGAGAUUAGCUACCUGUCAAAAGAGGCUGAACGACUGUAUACUGAGCAAUCUGGCGUGGACGAGCAGUAUUUGGACGAAAAACGUGCUUUUGACGGCGAGAUGCGUUUGAUACAGACGUUUGAAACCAAUUUCUGGAAGAACCUGGAGAAAGAAAAGGCCAAGAUCGAGUCUUUGGAAGCGGAACGGGUUCCUCUGGUUCAAAAGAAAGAAAAGCUACUUGUGAAACGGUCACGGAUUGCCAACGACGUAAAGAAACUCGAGCAAGAGAUUUCCAGGCUCAAGACCCAGGAGAUCCGGUACCGGCAAGAACAGCGGAGCGUGCGGACAGGCCAGCGUGCCGAGAAGCACCGUCUGGUGAUGAACGACGUCUACAAGUUCGAGAAGCAGCUGAAUGAAUAA